GGAGAAGACGCAGAGCCUCAUCUCUGCCCGGAGAUGAAAGAUACUUUUAUCAAUCACUGAACAAUCGGAUUUCACUUGCUGCCGCCAUGUAUUUUGGUAACGUGUGUCACAGCGUUGUGCCGCCGUUGGCCCAUCCCGCACUUUGCAGGAGCCAGCCCUCCACCGACCCGAAGCCCCUCCUCCCCUUCCAUCUGCUGCAUGGAUUCACUGAGAUGGAUCACGCCCAUAAAGCUCUGAUCGGCCCAGGCUUCCGGGUAACCUCACCGCUCAAGAGGAAGCCCAGUUCCUGCGGAGUCUGUCGACUAAGGUUCAACUCUGAGGUGCAGGCUUCUUCCCAUUACAGUGGCACCAAGCACGCAAAAAGGCUGAAAGCUCUGGACGCCCCAGAUUCAAAGAUCAGGACCUCUGAACCAGUCGCAAAGGAAACCACAUCCCAAAUCCCCUCGUCACCCUGCUCACAGCCCUCCAGCUCUGACACAACAUCAGGAGAACCCUCAGCCCCAAACCCUACCUGCGAGGUGUCACCAUCGAGCCGCGAUGUGGCGCCAUCUGAAACCUCCCUGUCACCCAGCUCGGGGACAACGGAGAAAGAGACACAAAGAGAUGGAGACGUGGAGGUUGUUCCAGAGGUGGAAUCGGAAGAAGAGAAGGCUAGACGUCUUCUCUACUGCUCCCUCUGCAAGGUGGCCGUCAACUCUGCCUCGCAGCUGCAGGCCCACAACAGUGGCACUAAGCACAAGACAAUGCUCGAGGCUAGAAGUGGCGAUGGAGCCAUCAAGUCCUUCCCAAGGACGGGGGUGAAGGCCAAGUUGGCCGCGCCGUCUGAGUCGUCAACUGGACUCCAGAACAAAACUUUCCACUGUGAGAUCUGCAAUGUGCAUGUCAACUCUGAGACUCAGCUCAAGCAGCAUAUCAGCAGUAGGAGACACAAGGAUAGAGCAGCAGGUAAACCAGCCAAGCCUAAAUUCAGCCCCUACUCUCCCACCCAGCGUCACCAGAGUUUCCAGGCAAUUCGGCUCGCUCUACGGAAGAACCAAGACCUGACCAAACCUCUGGCCUCGUGUCUCCUACAGCGUCAACUUUCCGUUGUGGCCGCUGCUGCCAUGGCAACGCUACCCCCCUUCCCUCUCCGGCCUGCCUCGAACUCGGGCCCUGCCCUGUUUCAGAGUCAGCCCCUCCCCCAGGCGCUGCUGCAUCCAGCCCCUGGACCCAUCUGUUCAACACACUCACCGGUUCUGUUUUCUCCCUACUGACCCCCUCGACGUCUCAAUCAGGUCUGGACUACAGCUAAAAGCAGACCUGAGUCCCGAACAAGAUGUGAUAUUAGGCAGCGCUUGCUGUACCCCACAUAACAACGGAUACUGUGAGUGUCAUGGACCAGAACUGAAGACGAUUUGCUGGGGCCAGAACCUAAGGACAGGUUGGGAUAGAGGAAGUACAAAGCAGCAUAUGAGUGAAAACAGAGUAUUUUCGGAUGUGAGUGUGUGCGUGAUUGUGUGUGAGUACAUGCACAGUUGUAGCCAUCACAGAAGUAUAACUUUUUGCAGCGUUCUUGCUCUAUUCCAUUAACUUUUAUAAAUUUAUAGAUAAUCUGUAUAAGAAGUCCCUCUUUAAAAACGGACUUUGCGGUUUAAUUUAGUAUAGAUUUAAUAAAGAUGCAGACUGGUAAACUUCAGUGAUGACUAUAACUCUGUGUGUUUGCGUGUGCACAUAUGCAUUUAUGAAUGAAUGUAGUAAUGCCAAUCAGAGCAUGCUUGACUCAAGAUGUUUAUUAUUUUAAAUUAAACAAUAGCUGUGGAUAGUCAUACUGAAUUCCGGACAAUUUUAAAUUACCUAAAUUACCUUUUGGAGUGUGAAUGCAGCCCCAUGGGGUCAUUGAUGAAAAUGUCUCCAAACACCAAUUUAAUGCUUCAAAACAUGCAUUUUAUUAAAUAAAUAAGUGCAAUAGCAUUUCAGUGUAAUAUUAAUCAGUCUGUGGGAU